ACAACCAAUUCCGUUUCGCUGUCGUGCAACGCGACAGUUUGUUCGCAUUGAGGGGGAAAAAACGGAUUGUGCGCGUGCGCGUGCGAGUGUCCGGGAGAGGGCGCGAUAGAAAGAUACAGACAAGAUGUGGGUUGGUUAUAGAGCCUAGUUUAGCAUUUGCAACAUGAUCCAGACACGCCACGAAGAGGCAGGUCUUGGCGGUCCGAGAGUCUACAUUUACAUCAAGCUACUGGGGAUGGACUGACUAGAGUCCCACUAAUAGCGCUGGACAGAGAAGGGAAGGUGCCCGCUCCCUGGACUCCUCCUCGGGACACACACAGCGUCAGCCCCGCACCUGACAAAGCAGAGGGAAAUGCAGCGAUGAUGGAGACUGCUGUUUCUUAUUGCGGUCUGCGUCACAUCAGUUGCCAAACCAGAUGAUACGGCCGACGUAGUGGACGGACCAAAGUCAACACUGUAUUCGUUGCUAUACCUAUACGGGAUACAUGAGGCUAUACUACUCAGAGAUGAUCGAGAAGGGAGCGGAAUGCUUACUUCACCUUCACUUUUUCUGUCAGUGUCAUUUCCCAGCACCUGCUCGCGUAUAAGGAGGAACUCGCCCGGCGUCUGGAUCGUGGAAGAUAUGCAUGGAUAACUGGAUAAAGGCUAGGCACUUGGUUUUGAGAGAAAAUAUUUUUUAUUUCACACACAGCGGAGACUUGGUCAGCGUUUGUUGACCAACAUGAACUCAUUGUAUUACAGCGAUGCUUCGCCUGCUGCUAUGCUCGCUACGGGACAGGCUGGCAGCAGGACCGCUGGCUCGGGCGCGGCGACCAGCGCGCUGCGAAACGACCUGGGCUCCAAUAUCCACGUGCUAAAAACCCUUAAUCUGCGUUUUCGGUGCUUCCUAGCGAAAGUCCACGAAUUAGAAAGACGAAACAAACUAUUGGAAACACAGCUGCAGCAAGCCCUGGACCGGCCACGGUUCAGCAUUUACACGCGUGAUGUCGCCGUCCAAACGGACUCCUCCACAGAAUCUCGACUGCCCGGUACCAUUUGGAGUUUCACGCAUGUGAGAAGACAGGGCGGACGUUAUGAGACCCUUCACUCACCCGGGGUGACAUGGACCCAUCCAGACGGAGUUGGGGUGCAAAUAGACACCAUCACCCCAGAAUUAAGAGCUAUAUACAAUGUUCUGGCAAAAGUGAAACGGGAGAGAGAUGAGUAUAAGAGAAGGUGGGAGGAGGAGCUGGCCAAACGGGAGCAGCUGGACGCCACCGUGGACUCCAUGCAGCAGAGGGCCCAGGAUUCAACAGAGGUCCAUGAUCAGUUGAACGAGAAGGUGGAGAGACUCAAAUCCGAGCUUGUGGUCUUCAAGAGUCUGAUGAGCGAUCAAAUGUCCGACCUGGACUCCAAGAUCCAGGAGAAAGCCAUGCAUGUGGACAUGGACAUCUGCCGACGCAUCGACAUCACGGCCAAACUGUGUGACGUGGCUCAGCAGCGCAACUCGGAGGACAUGUCCAAGAUGUUCAGCGUCAGCCCAGCCAGGUCCCUCCCAGAGAGAGGAGCCAUGGCGUGCUGCCGGAGAAAAGAGCGUGUUGAGAGAGUGUUGUCGGAUGAGGAGAAUGAGGAGAUGGAUGCCGACCCCAGCACCUCCGAGGAAGAGGCCCCUGGCCCUAUGAACAUCACGGACGAAAUGAAACGCAUGCUCAACCAGCUACAUUGUUCAGAUAACUCCUUUGUUGCCAGGCGGGAGACAUUCGAAAUCGACGACGACUGCGACAGCCUUACAUGGGAGGAGAACGAGGACACUCUGUUGCUAUGGGAGGACUUCACCAACUACAACAUGCCCGGCGCAAUCGCCGCGGCCAACGGCCACGCCAACGGCCACGCCAGCGGCCACGCUGAGGGCGACGCCGAAGGCCAGGACCCUAAUUCACAAGAUGGAAGUCUUGGCAGCCUCAUCAAUGAGACAGAGUCUUUGUUCAAGACCAGGGAGGAGGAGUACCAUCACACCAUCGGACAGAUUGAGGUGGAGUUAGCCACGGCCAAGAGCGACAUGACCCGCCACCUGCACGAGUACAUGGAGAUGUGCAGCAUGAAGCGGGGCCUGGACGUGCAGAUGGAGACCUGCCGGCGGAUGAUCAAGGGCGGAAGGAACUCUCCGUCCGUCAGCUCCGUGGCCAGCAGUGACUCAGGAAACACUGACGAGAUUCAGGACGAGAUCUUGGACAAAGAGACCGAGGCCGAGGGUCCCGUUAGUUGAUGUCCGUCGACACGUCCACCCCUCCCCGGCCAGGCCUCGGAUCCCACCCCCACGACCCGUCCCUCUCCCACUUAGAGGGGGAGGGAGGGAGGUGUUUGUCGCCUAGGUCAAUGCUUAAACAGCUCCACUGCGAGCUCCACUGUGUUAUGGGAUCAGACCCAAUCUCAAAUCCGGCGAGGGGAGGUGGGGUGGGGGUCGGGGUUUUGCCCUUGGGGGUUCUUGGUGGGCAAGCGUCCCCCUCCCCCCUCCUUCCUGCCAACGCAGGUCUCGACUCGGUGCUUACACUGUCUGGGUGCUGUUGUACCGACACUGUCUGGGUGCUGUUGUGCACGACAGCGGGGGCGAAGGUGUGGCCGUCGUGGUGGUGGUGGAUGCAGUGCGUGUGUGUGUGUGUGUGUGUGUUUCCAAGCUGUGCUCACUUCCUCACCGCUGCCUUGCGGGGUCCCUUCUGAUUGGCCCAGAGCUCCACUAAACCAACUCAAGCAGGGUCAAUAUUUCAAUUUUUGUCCCAGAUGGUAAAUUUGUUUGUCUCAAUUUUUGCAUUAAUGACCGAAAAAUAGCAUUCAGCGCAGUAGGGCUCAUAAGCAUUACUCCCACGUGAUAUUCUUUUUUUAUUGUCGUUACUUCUUAUUCUAUUCUGGUAAAACAUGCGUUGUUGCCACUGCAUAACCUCUACAUAUGAACACUUCAGAUGCAGGGUUAAUAUAUCCAAUGCCAAUCAUGACAUUGUGAAUGGAAAUGUCUUCUGCCAGAGGAUAAAAAAAAGAAAAGAAAUGAAAAAGUGUUUUAAAGGCCGUUGUUUACUGAGGAAUUGCUCCAGGUUUUGCCAAUCGACUGAGGAAUGGAGCACAGCCUUUUGCUGCAUCGAUGCACUAUUCCAAGUUCUAUGCAAUCUAGCUGGCCUUAUGUUUUUGGACUUGCUUCCCACCUUUCAGUCUAACCCUAUACUUUUAACCUUUUUAAGCAGAGCAGGUGUUUUGUAUGUAUCAUUUUGGGAGCAACGUUUUUUUUAUGUGUAAAAUAAAUCUGAGGCAUGGGAUUUUUCUUUCCAUACAGAAAUAGCAAUUAUAGCUGGAACAGUGGCUCCUAGUUCUGUUGAUCAUCAGGAUCUAAAAAUAUACACCCCAAAACAUAAACACCUUCUCUAACCAAAGAUCAUACCUUAAAAAAGAGUGCUUUUAAAACAGUUCACGAUGCACAUCAGACUUAAGUCAUCAUAUUUAUAAUAAAAAGGCACAUAUUACAUAUCAUUAAAAUUAUAUUUUAAUUAAGAUAAUUUAUUUUUUUAUUUAAGGUUCUUUAUGAUGUCAUUAUAUUUUUUCAGCUGAUUCAGAAAUAAAUUUGGUUCCUUCUUGACCAGCAGGGGUCACUGUUCCAGAAAAGGAUACCUAUCAGUCUCUGUCCAGACUCAUCCAGCCAUGGUCUGGACUUGACAGAGUAGAGAAGAGUGUAGGCAUGUGAUCUUAUAACCCAAAGGCCUUUCUGUUCAUGUUGUUCUAUAUGCAACAGAUGGUGUUUUCUUAGAUUUUGCUCUUUUUGUGCUUUUUAUGGUAUGUGUGAAAAGAAAAAAUAACUGAUGAUUGCAUGGGGAGGGAAGUGUUAGCCAAAGCGUGUAUAUUUGUAUUAUCAUAUUGUUUGCUUGGACAAAGGAAAGGGCUUCUUCUAUGUAGAAGUUGUAACGAUGCAGAAUGUCAAUUUCCACAACUCUGUAAUUUCAGCAGGAGCAAUGGAUCUGAGUUGCUUUUUCUAUAUCUUAUGUUAAACCCAACAGCUGCAAUACAUAGUGCUUUUUUUUUUUAACAAGUCUUUUCUAAUCCAUCAUUGUGUCAUGUUUUGUUUAAGUUUUUAUUUUUUAACAAUUAUCUCAUGUUUUAUCAUACAUUGUUUGAUCUAAUUCAAACGGUUUGCAUAUGUUGUUCUUCCAAUCAUAAGUCUCCGCAUAUUUACCAGGCGUAUUGACGGAUUGUUUCAUACUUUGUCCACUGUACACAAAAAACUAUUUCAUGAAACGUAGACGGGAGACGGCCUUACUCACAGCGAAAUGUCUCUCACACCUUCACGUCUAUGUAAAACCAGCCUGUUCAGUAGCAGAGAGCCAUGCUUCGUACUGUACUUUGUAAAAUUCCAGUAGCCCCACAUUAUACGACCUGACUUAUUGACCGUGGGGUUAUAACUCACCAAAAACUAUUGUUUACCUACGCGGUUCUAACCCACACCCCAUUCUGGCUGUCUGAUCUGCACACUAACCAGCCGGCCAAAGCAAAGAUGUGCUACAUGAAAUAUACAAACUAUGUUACAAUCCUCGGAAUACAUUAAAAAAAAAAAAAAAAAACACUCAAUACAGUGUUUGCUUAUGUCUACUACAACAUUGUUGUAGUAGACAUUGCUUGUCCUCGUUUUCAGAUUCAUGAACAUUUUCAUUAAAGUUAUCCAACCCUUGCAAUGGAAAGGAAUCAUACCACUUCACAAGUGGAGCCGGACGAUGUGUGGUCUUAAUACUGGGGAAUGCAGCAUGUUUGUUGUUCCUAAUGGCACUCACAUGAUCAGGUCAAUAUGUACACAAUGUAAAUGGGGAAGCGGAUGUGUGUGAAUAUUUCGUAUUAACAGUGGGUUUUAUACGACUGCUUUUUAACAAUAUACUGUUGGGUUAAAAUGGUUGAUUGACUGCUGUCUUACGUUUAUUUUGGUUUAUGUCAAGCAACAGCAUAUGUUUGCUGUUAUUAAGUAACAAAAAAAAUAACCUUGUCUAAGCUAUCAUUACUUUGUGAUUUAUAAAUGAGAUGCAGCAAUAGUAAUAACUGUUGCCAUAUUUUUGGUAGGAUCUCCCGAAUAAGGUCCUGUUCUUUGUAUUAGCAACACAGAAACAGCGCUGGUGGUUGGGUAUCGUUCCUCUGCCUGGUUUCUUUCUGUCACACACGUCUUCCAUGAUUAAUUUUACGAUCUGUGUACAUGAUUGCAUUUAUUUAUCCUCUGGGUCCUUCAGUUCUUCCUCUGGGUCAAAUUUUGUUUAACAAAAAAAAACAACGAAGAAUGUAUUUGGGUAAAAUGAAAUAAAAAGAUGGAUUGAAUAAAAAAAUAUGCUGUCGUUAUCUGUCUAC